UGGCCUCCCCGCGCUAGUUUCCCGCCUGGCUGACGUCAGCAGAAAGUUAUUUUCAUGAAUGGAGGGGGCGGUCACGAGGAGCCGGUGACGCGCGUGCUUGCGGAAGCACAGAGUGGAAUGUCGAUACAUUGUUGUUGUUUUCGUGGCUGGCGGACUUAGUGCACGGUUACCGCUCCGGCUGGACGGCGGCAAGUGCUUUCGAGGAGGAGAGAGAGAGAGAGAGAGACUAAGACAGGGAGAGAGAGAGAGAGCGCGAGCCCGCUGACGGUCAGGAUAAACCCCGGUCAGGAUCGCGCGACAAUCCCGGCGGAAACUCCGCGUCCACACGAAACCUUUACAGGCGCAGCUUUACUUCUGUUACAAACCUCUGACACUGGAGACUCCUUCCAUAAAUAAUAAAGAACAUCUUGGAUUUUUUGAUUGUUGAUGGACAGCAUAAGCAGCGUGUUGCAAUUUCAACAGAUAUUAAAACAAGACUUUCAGGGUAUGACGACUCAUUUUAAACCAAGCAAAGCAGUAAAGGUGAAGAAGGAGACGGGUGAGAAUGCGCCGGCGCUGAGUGACGACGAGCUGGUGGCCAUGUCGGUGCGCGAGCUGAACCAGCACCUGCGCGGCCUCACCAAGGAGGACGUGGUGCGGCUCAAGCAGCGGCGGCGCACGCUGAAGAACCGCGGCUACGCCGCCAGCUGCCGCAUCAAGCGCGUCACGCAGAAGGAGGAGCUCGAGCGGCAGAAGUCGCUCCUGCAGCAGGAGGUGGAGAAGCUUGCCCGCGAGAACGCCAGCAUGCGCCUGGAGCUGGACGCGCUGCGGGCCAAGUACGAGGCGCUGCAGUGCUUCGCCCGUACCGUGGCCUGUGGCCCGCUCACGCCCGCCAAGGUGGCCACCACGUCCGUCAUCACCAUCGUCAAGUCGGCCAACCACGGCCCGUCGUCUCCUCCGUGUUCCGCUCCGUCAUAGAGCCCGGGGGAAGAUCUUCUGUCUGGUCCAAACUGGUUCCAAACCUCCCCAGCCUAAAUCUCCACAGACUGACGGGGUGGGAUAGGAAGGCAGACUGCCAUUUUACCAUUCUCUCUCUUUCUUUGUUGUAAUUUCUCUGUUUCUCCUGCACACUCUCUCACUCAAACCAAACCGCCGUGGUCUGUGCACUGUGCCCUAAUGCCCCGGGCACGGGCAGGGCACACUGACCUACCUUCUUUUCCCGCCUUUUCUCCGACCCAGACUGAGACUUAGCACAGACUUGACUUGCUGACACGGAGUGGGGGGGGGGGGGGGGGGGAUUUAAGUACUUGAUCGAACCUGCCAUGGCAGUCUGUGAAUGCGCUGAUGCCUGUGGUAUCUUACAUUUUUACAUCAGAGAGUGGGGAAAAGAACCGUAUAUAUCAUCGUAUAUAUAUAUAUAUAAAUAUAAAACGUAGAACACCGUUUGCAGUAUAUUCUUGUUACUGUGCUUGUUCUUGUAGACGUUUAUGAUGUUGCUUCUACUUGCAGCAGUUGACGUACAUUACAUUCGAACACCUUUUUGUCUUGUGUUAUGUAAUAUGGAUUAUGCUCAUGCAUAAAGCACGACAGGACUGAAAUUAAGGCCCUCAGUUUAAAAAAAAACAACAACAAAAACCCAUUUGUCGUGUCCGGAAUGGGGACGGGAAAUCGGUGGUAGAGAAGAGAAGUCCUAAAGCUACACGAUUUAGUUUUAGGAUUAUGUUUUUGUUUUUUUUUUCUUCUUUUGCAUUGGCAAAGUGAGACAAUGAGGACACAAACGGAACUUCCUCGUCCUCGUGUCUCUUACUCGGCUACUUCAGAACAUUUGCAUAGCACUUAUAUUUUGACUGUUAAAUAGUUCACAGGUUAUUAUUAUAAAAGCACUUGCCUUUUUAGGAUUACGUACAGGACGAUUCAGGAUAAAGAAAUCAUAGGAUUUAGUUUUUUUUUAAUAAUUAAAAGAAAGUACAGAAGGCACUUGUCAGUUACAUUGACUACUAUUAUACUGUAAUAAGACUGUUUGAAGAAUUCCCCUUCACUAACGACUUAUCUCCCGAUAAUAUCUAAAGGCUAAAGGGCACAUUAUGCACCUGCUUUUUUUUCUUCCUCUGCAUAUGCUUGUUUUUUGUUUUUCUCCCCUCAUCAGCGGCGUAACGAAUAGAAGGUAAUCCAUAUUGGAUAUAGAGACGUGAGCUGUCUUGGCAGAAGUAAUGCAAGUCCGUAUUUACCUGUAUAUUACAGAUUCGCUAGCGCCUCACAAAUAAUAAUAACAAUAAAUAAUAAUAAAUAAAUAAAAACCUGACCUGAAGUGACCUGAAGAUCUCCGUCCGUUUAGAAAGCAUUCCUAGUGCUAGGUCACGAGAGGUGGCACUGCCGGCGUUGGGAUCCCUGAUGAUUUAGAUGUUCAUUAAGAUGGAUUCGUUCGAGACAGGCUCUUGGGUAGAGACGAUCCUGACGUAACGAGAUGUACGUGCUUUCGGAAACGAGUCACGUGAAGCCAAACGUUCGAUUUCUUUUCUUAGAGAAACGACUUUACAGUAGAAUCAGGAUUAUCUCUUACCCAAGUGACUAUGACUGUUCCUUCUCCCCUGGCAAGGCAGUUGGGGGAAAAAACAAAUACUGUGCUGCUGUGUAGGCCGAACGUAGCCCUGACUAAUGGGCCUACUGCUGUGCUUUUUUUUGUUUGUUUUUUUGCCAUGUUUGUUAUUAUUUUGUAUAUCUCCUCGAUGUUUUAUAUGUCAUUUUUGUUCAUAUCCAAAUGCUUUUUCUUUUUUUUUUUCGGACAUGACCUGCCAAUCUUCAUUUCAUAUAGGAGUAGUAUGAAUGAAGUUCAGAUAUUUACACUUUCAAAUGUUUAUUUUUUAUUUUUUUUACCCCGAUCAGCUGUAAUUUGUUCGACGAUAGCCAUCCUGCUUCUACGUCUAAUCAGCUUAAGAAAAUAUCAGUGUUUAUGGUGAUCCAAUGCUCUUGCUUCUUGCCUCAGAUGCUUUUUAUUAUUCAUUUUUGUCUCUAAGGUGUAAUUUCAGUAUUUUCCUCUUCAUCCUGACGAUGAUGAUGAUGAUGAUGAUAAUGGGGCUGACAUGAGCAUUUUAAACCGAUUCUAGACUUGCAACAUGCAGUUAUAAAUAAAUGUCACAGUUCAACAGACAGUCUCAACCCCCCACACACCUUUACUUCUUGUUUUUUGGAUCGUAAGCACAUAACGGGAAAGUUAAAACAAAAACAAAAAAUCCCUAAAAAAAUGUUCAAGUCUAAUUACUUUUUUCAGUUCCUAUUCCACGGAAGGAGUUUAUUCCCCUGUUCACUCCUACUAUCAGUUCCUUUUAUGAAUUCCAGUUCAAUUUAAACUUUUAUUUUUAAAAAGACAGAAAGAAACUGCUUGUACUGACCUCUAGUGGUGAGCUCUUAAAAUGCUGUGAACAGAUGCAUUGUUUCUUUUUAUGGACCAAUAAAUUAAUUGAAUGUGUUUUCUCUGUAGCUGAACAUAUUCUAAUCAGGCUUUAUUACGUAUUGAAAAGCGGACAGGGAACCGUCCAACUUAAUCGCCAGUGUUCAGUCGGCCAGUUUGGCUAGAGAGUGUAAUUUAAUGCUUGAGGUUAUAAUAGUAAUAGUAAUAAUAAUAAUAAUAAAAAAGGACCUUAACAACCAGUGAACCCCACUGAAAGCGAACUCUUCUGUACACAUCUCUCUCCUGUUUUUAAUUUCUCUCUCAGCAUACUUGAGAUGCUGUUCUCACUAAGUGGGUACUCCCCCCGCCCCCUUCCUAAUCUCGUUUUCGUAUUCUAUCGAUGCUGUAUGUGGCCUUUUUUCUGGCUGAACAGGUUAAAUUAUUAUAUUUGACAUAUAUCGAUAUAUAUAUUUUUUGAAAGUAUAUAUAUAUUAUAUACACGCUCAGUCAGUCCUUAAAAGCUAUUUACUAUGAACGCACAUAAACGUUUAACCAGUGCUCUUAAACACACUUGCCUAUAAAACACACACACAGAGCGAGAGAAACUCCAUAAAGUGAAAGGUAUGCUGCUUCAAAUGAUAGUCGUUCAUGUUAAGGUUGAAUAGAGCAAGAUGACGAUUUUAGAUAAGAGUAGUGUCUAUUAAGGAGCUUGAGUACUGUAGGAAAGACUAAAAGUUUGCGAAUGUUUUCAUGAGGUAAUAUUUUUAAGAAAUCUAAAACAUGAUUUGUAAAUAGAGACAAGGCAGGCAGUAACCCUAGGCUUCGACGCAUCAUAUCAUAUCAUAUGAUUUACACCAUUACCGAAAUCUGUGUAUGUCUAUUACACUUGAAAAGUUGAUAUUUAUUUUUGAUUUGUGUUUUUUUGUUUGUUUCUUUCAACCUCUAAAUUAUUGUAUUUACAUUCAGUUAUUUACUUUCUAUCAAUGAACUACCCUCAUGUACAAAUACAAUACAAAAUGCUCUUUGUUUUUCCACUCUGGCUGAAUAUAAGAAAGUAAAUUAUUCCUGUACAUAGUACAACAUGUCCAUUUUGUACUUUUAAAUAAAGCUUCUUCAAUUA